GUUACGUAAUAUGCAAGUUCUGAUUAUGAGAGAAGAAGAAGAAGAAGAAGAAGACGAAGAAGUUCAAGUCUCUGAACAUUCUGUAAUUAAUGGACUGUGUUUUAUUUCCUCACCCCCUGAUCAGUCCCCACAUCCUCACUAACUCGAGUUUGCAUCGAUAUUUUGCGGCUCCUAGGAAGCAAAGGUGGCUGAAUUGGGCAAUUGGGGUUUCUAGAACUGGAGAGGGAAACUUUUGUAAUGAUCUUCCUCUGAAGAAAUGUGAAAAUGGGUCUUUGUUGGGUGGCUUGGACGAGUCAGCUUCAUCAGCACCAAUUAUUGGGACAUUAGAUGCUGAGAUUACACCAGAGACCAUUGAUUUCUUUGUUAGUGAUGCCGAGGGUGAUCCCGAUUGUCCAUCGGAGGGCUACUCGCCCAUAGAGCAAGCGCUUAAUGCAUUACGCCAAGGAAAGUUUGUGAUUGUUGUGGAUGAUGAGAAUGCCGAAGUUGAAGGAAACCUUGUCAUGGCAGCAUCAUUUGCAAAUCCUAGAAACAUAGCUUUCCUAAUCAAACACGGAUCUGGGAUCGUUUCUGUAGGCAUGAAGGAGGAAGAUCUUGAAAGAUUGAGGCUUCCUCUGAUGUCACCAGAGACCGAAGACGAAGACUCUUCUGCUCCCACAUUCACUAUCACAGUGGAUGCAAAAAUUGGAACAUCUACUGGAGUAUCAGCUACAGACAGGGCAAAGACUGUUCUUGCUCUUUCAUCUAAGAAGUCAAAACCGGAAGAUUUUAGAAGGCCUGGCCAUGUGUUUCCCCUCAAGUAUCGAAAUGGUGGGGUUCUUCGGAGAGCUGGUCACACCGAGGCUUCUGUUGACCUUGUUGUUCUGGCAGGCUUAAGGCCAGUGUCUGUUCUUUCAGCUGUAGUUGAUGCAGAUGAUGGCUCUAUGGCCUCUUUGCCCAGUUUAAGAAAACUUUCAUCGGACCACAGCAUUCCAAUCGUCUCAAUAACCGAUUUGAUUAGGUACAGGAGAAAAAGGGAAAAGAUAGUUGAAAGAACUGCCCUAUCGCGUUUGCCUACAAAAUGGGGUCUGUUUCAGGCUUAUUGCUACCGCUCAAAGCUAGACGGCACAGAACAUGUUGCUGUUGUGCAGGGAAGCAUAGGAAACGGAGAAGAUGUGCUAGUAAGAGUUCAUUCAGAGUGUUUGACAGGUGACAUUUUUGGGUCAGGGCGGUGUGAUUGUGGUAACCAGUUGGAGUUGGCAAUGCAGCUAAUCGAACAAGCUGGCCGAGGGGCUGUAGUUUACCUUCGGGGUCACGAAGGAAGAGGCAUUGGUCUUGGUCACAAACUUCAAGCCUAUAAUCUUCAAGACCAAGGGCAUGACACAGUCCAGGCUAAUAUCGAACUUGGACUAGCUGUUGAUGCUCGCGAAUAUGGAAUUGGUGCCCAGAUCCUAAGAGACAUAGGAGUUCGAACGAUGAGGCUGAUGACAAACAAUCCAGCCAAGUUCAGUGGUCUAAAGGGAUACGGCUUGGCUGUGAUCGGAAGGGUUCCGGUGUUGACACCAAUUACAGAGGAAAACAAGAAGUACUUGGAAACAAAACGAACUAAGAUGGGGCAUAUUUAUGGUUCUGAUAUCCGAGGACCUUCAACCGGAUUGAUCAAACCAAAUAUAAAUAACCAAGGCAUGGAAGACAGCCUUGAAAGUUGA